GCCCUGCUCAAUUAUUACUGCCAAGAAGGCUACUUCCACCACGUCCAGGCGGCGGCGGAUGAGGCGCUGGGGCGGCUGGGCAGCGAUCCGGUGUUCCUUUUCUACCGGGCCUACGGCGCCCUGAGGGCAGGUGACAUCCAAGAGAGUAUUCGACAGUUGGAGUCUAUUAAAAACAAACAGGAGGUGUCACUUUGUGCAAUGAUGGCUCUGAUUUAUGCCCAUAAAAAAAGCCCUAAUCCAGAUAGAGAUGCUAUACUAGAAUUGGACGCAAAAAUGAAGGAGCAACGUAAAACAGCAGGACAGCAGGCUCUGUACUUUGCUGGCUUAUUUUUGUGGCAUCUUGGUCGUGAGGACAAAGCCCGUGAAUAUGUUGAUAGAAUGAUCAAAGUUUCUGGUGGUGGUAAAGAGGGGUUGAUUUUGAAAGCAUGGCUGGAUCUCACCUGCGGGAAAGAAACUCACAUUAAAAAAGCUGUGAAAUACUUUGAUGAAGCACUGCAGGAAGGCAAUGAUGUUUUUGCUCUGCUUGGUAAAGCACAGUAUUUUGAGGUCCGACAAAAUUAUUCGGGAGCUCUGGAAACUGUGAACCAGAUAAUUGCAAACUUUCCAAACUUCAUAAAAAUAAAGAAAAUGAAGCUACAACUAGCCUUGCAGGACUGGGAGCAAGCAGUUGAAACAGCACAUAGACUAUUGCAGAAAGAUGCCCUCAAUUUAGAAGCCAUAAGAAUGGAGGCUCUGCAUUAUCUGUGCAGGGAAGGAAAUAUAUCUGAGGCUUCAGCAAGACUGGGCGACCUAAUUAAAGCACUGGACAGGUUAGAACCACAUAAUUCGCAGCUCUUCUGUAAAGUGGCCUUAGCUUUCAGUAGAACAUGUGGCCGGAACCAGCUCAUCCUUCAACAUACACAAACCUUAGUUGAAAGAGCAUCUGAUUUGGAUUCUGACAAUGCAGAAUUUGCUACUGAACUUGGCUACCAAAUGAUUUUACAAGGGAAAGUGAAAGAAGCUUUAAAAUGGUACAAGACUGCUAUGACACUUGAUGACACAAGUGUUUCUGCGCUAACUGGAAUUAUCCGUUGUCAGCUAAUACAAGGGCAAUUAGAAGAUGCAGAGCAACAGUUGGAGUUUCUUAAUGGAAUUCAACAGUGCAUUGGGAAAUCUGGGGAAUUAUCUUUCUUGCGUGCAGUCCUAGCUGUGAAAAAACAAAAGAGACAAGAAGAAGUUAUUGCCUUGUUGAAUGAUGUUCUGGAUACUCACUUUUCAUCUUUGCAUGGUUUUCCUCUUGGUGUGGAAUAUUUUGAAAAACUAAACCCUGAUUUCUUGCUAGAAAUCAUUAGGGAAUAUCUUAAUUUUUGCCCAGCACAGCCUGCAAGUCCUGGGCAGUCGCCUUCACCACUUCUCAAGCACUGUGCUUCUGUUCUUGAAACUGUGGUAAAAACUGUGCCUGGUCUUCAACAAGCUGUCUUUUUAGUUGCAAAAGUGAAAUACUUGUCAGGAGAUACUGAAGCAGCCCGUACUAAUUUACAUUACUGUCUUGAAAGGAGUCCUUCUUAUGCAGAUGCACACUUACUGAUGGCCCAGGUGUAUUUGGCUCAAAACAAUACGAAACUGUGUUCUCAAUCCUUGGAACUUUGUCUGAGCUACAAUUUUGAGGUGAGAGAACAUCCUGUUUAUCACUUAAUUAAGGCCCAAACUCAGAAGAAGAUGGGAGAAUUAUCAGAAGCUAUUAAGACCUUACAGAUGGCAAAGAAUUUGCCUGGAAUGAGAAAACCUACAGCUUCCUCAAAAAUGAAAGGAAAAAUAAUUGAAAUUGAUGCAAGUGAUCGUGUGUCUGUCUUCCUAGAAUUAGUAGAAGCUCAUCGUUUGAAUGGAGAACCGCAUGAAGCUGCUAUAAUACUGCAAGACGCCAUUAAUGAAUUUUCUGGAACUCCUGAGGAACUAAGAGUUGUGAUUGCAAAUGCAGAUCUGGCAAUUGCUCAAGGAGAUGUUGAACAAGCCUUAACUAUGCUCCGAAAUAUUACACCUGAACAGUCUUACUUUGUACAAGCUAAAGAAAAAAUGGCAGAUAUUUAUCUUCAGUACAGGAAAGAUAAAAAGUUAUAUGCUGGCUGCUAUAGAGACCUAGUAGAAAAACUGCCAAGUGCUCAUACUUUUCUUCUUCUUGGUGAUGCAUACAUGAAUAUUCAAGAGCCUACUGAAGCCAUAGAAGUCUACGAGCAGGCCUUGAAGAACAAUCCAAAAGACCCAGCUUUAGCAAGUAAAAUUGGAAAAGCCCUAAUCAAAACGCAUAACUACUCAAAGGCAAUCAGUUACUAUGAGGCUGCAUUGAGAAGUGGUCAACAGAAUUUCCUUCGUUAUGAUUUGGCUGAGCUUUUAAUGAAACUGAAGCAUUAUGAAAAGGCAGAAAAAGUACUUCAGCAAGCUUUAGAUCACGAGCCUGUUAAUGAAUUGUCAUCUCUGAUGGAAGAUGGACGUUACCAGAUGCUUCUGGCAAGAAUUUACAGCAAAAUGGAGAAGAUUGACGAAGCUAUUGUUUCAUUACAACAGGCACGGGAAUUACAAGCCAGAGUGCUUAAACGGGCUCAGAUAGAACAGCUGGAUGCAGUUCCCGCACAGAAACAGUUAGCGGCUGAAAUUUGUGCUGAGAUUGCGAAACAUUCUACAGCCCAGCGAAACUAUGAAAAAGCAAUUAAAUUUUACAAAGAAGCUCUUGUUCACUGUGAAACUGAUAACAAGGUCAAGCCCCAGAUCUCUCAGUCUUUC